UUUUCCAACUCUGUUAUUCUCUUAUCACUUAAAAAUUCUAUAUAAACAAGGUCAGAGGUACGCUAGAUUUGCUUAUCCAAACGCUGAAUCACCUCUUUCGAAACAAAUCUGAAAAACAAUAAAACAUUCCUACGCUUUUCACUUUCUCUGUAAAAAAAUGUCCGCAUCUUAUAGAAAAUCAAGCGGACAAGUCCUCUGUUCUUCAUCAUCGCCCGGAAAAUUUAAUUCCCGACCACCGUCGCAUCCCCAUUCAUCUUCUAACUCCGCCACUUUUUUCCACCGCUCUACUUUCUCUGUUCAAGCUUCAUCCGUCCUGUUUUCCUUUGACAGCUGUGUUUCACCGAAUAGUUCAAUUUCUUUUACCGUCUCCGGAACGGGAGAGACAGUCAAACGACUUAACCACCGGAAGAAGCGGACGUGUAUGUGCUCGCCAUCGACGCAUCCUGGCUCAUUCCGGUGUAGUUUUCAUAAGAGUUUGGGAUCUGGCGCUGCAGUGACGUAUGCGCCGAACCGUCUCAACGCGCGGAGAUCGGCAAUGACGAACUCGCUCGUGAGAAUCCGCGGUGUUGAAGGCGAACUCGUGAAGAAAGCGCUGGCGUCGCUAAUCCGGCCGUCGUCGCAUAACCAGCGUCGGCGGUAUGACUUCCAGCCACGACCUAGCAGAUUCAAAGCGGAAAUAGACGCGUGAAGAGUUCUAUUUCAGUUUUUCCGCCAGAUACAAUGACGGUUGACAGGCGGCGAUGUUUUAAGAUUUGCCGUCUUUGCUGAUGAUUCGUGACGGACUCGGUUAUUUUUACUCCGUAUCCGAUUGACUGUGUGUGUAUAUAAUUCAGAAUCUCAGAUUCACGUGAAUGAGUAGAAUGCGAACAAAUUAUUAAUCUCUAUAUUCACGAGUGACGCUACCAUUAUGGAAUAUGAUCUAUUGUCAUAACACAAAUUUUGUUAAUGAAAG